GUGGCGCGGCGGCGCGCGGCGGGGCGCGCAGAGCGCGCGGGGAUGCGGCGGGGCGCGGAGCCGCAGCCAUGAAGUACAAGAACCUGAUGGCGAGGGCCCUGUACGACAACGUCCCCGAGUGCGCGGAGGAGCUGGCCUUCCGCAAGGGCGACAUCCUGACGGUGAUAGAGCAGAACACCGAGGGGCUGGAGGGCUGGUGGCUCUGCUCCCUGCACGGCCGCCAGGGCAUCGUCCCCGGCAACCGCGUCAAGCUGCUGGUCGGCGCGGCGGCGGCGCAGGACGGCCGCUCCGGGCCCGCGCCGGCCGCUCAGCCCCUCAGCCGCCCCCCGGCCGGCCUGCCCGGCCCGCGGGACCCCGUCUACCAAGUGCCGCCUUCCCACCGCAGCCAGGCCAUUUACCAGAUCCCCACUGGCCACGACAUUUACCAGGUGCCACCCUCCGUGCAGAGGUGUAUUGACGGUCCUGCUGUGGCUAACAAGGUAAUAACACCAGUCAGGUCAGGACAAGGUUAUGUUUAUGAAUUCCCCUCCAAACACCAGAAGGAUGCCUACGAUAUCCCCCCCGCUCGCCCUCUCCAAGGGAUAUAUGACAUUCCCCCCACAUCGGUUAAGGGGCCUGCACUUCCAGUUCCCAUGGGAGAAGCAAAAGCUUUAGGAGUGUAUGACAUACCACCUGCCAAAGGGGUCUAUGCUGCACCUCCAUCUGCAUGCCAAGAUGAUACAGCCCCGAGGGAAAACUUGCAGGACUUUUCAUCUACAGUGGCCCACAGUGUAAGACCAGAAGGGGUAUAUGAUAUUCCUCCUCCCAUCACCAAAGCAACUGGAAAAGAACAUAAUAGAUUUUCUCCUGAGAGCCUAUUAUUGCCAGGUGGAAUGCCACAGACACAGGGUGUUUAUGACAUCCCUACAAACCAUCAAAACCAUUUUCUUGGGCAGCAAAUUGCACCGGAAAAGGAUGUUUAUGAUACCCCGAGGGGAAUUGCAUUCCCAGGACAACAGACAGGACUCAGUGAAGGUCCCAUCACAGAAGGAAGAGAAGGUGUCUACGAUGUGCCACCAGCAGUCCUCCAAGACAAUAAAGGCUUACAGGAUGUGACUGAUGGGAUGAAUAGGCUGUCUUUCUCCAGCACAGGAAGCACGAGGAGCAACAUGUCCACAUCAUCAACGACAUCAAAAGACUCUUCUCAUUCAGCAUCAACUGCACAGGACAAAAGACUAAUCCUUGAUCCAGACACGGCCAUAGAGAGGCUUUAUCGCCUCCAGCAGAUGGUGGAGGCGGCUGUCCAUCACCUCACAGCCUUCAUUACACCAGACUGGAGGUCCUAUGGGUAUAUGGAGAAGCACAUCAAUGAAAUUCACGCUGCUGUGGAUAAGGUGGAGCAGUCGCUGCUGGAGUACCUCCAGUUUGCCAAGGGAUCCGCAGCCAAUGCCUCCUGCCUGCCUGACUUCAGCCUCCUCAACAAAAUGAGGAGGGAGGUGCAGAGGCUGGAGGACUCUCACCAGAUCCUUACCCAAACCAGUCAUGACUUGAACAGCUGCAGCUGGUCUUUGAACGUGCUGGCUGUCAACAGAGUGCAGAGCAAGUGCGAUGACCUGGACCGGUUCGUGAUGGUGGCCAGGACGGUCCCGGACGACGCCAAGCAGCUCACCACCACCAUCAGUGUCAACGCAGAGCUGCUCUUCAGACAGGCCCUGGGCAGCUCCCGUGCCAAAAACGCACCAGAGAACGUGAUGGGCGCUCCUGACUGUGUGUAUGACAGCCCUCAGAUGCAGCAACACGCAGAAAAGGCACAGAGCCACUGCAGCGCCCUUCCCCCGCUCCUGAGCAAAGGCCAGCACCCUUACAGUGCCUCCAGUGAGAGCUCAGAAAAGAGCUGGAUGGAUGACUACGAUUAUGUUCACCUGCAGGGGAAAGAAGAGUUUGAAAGGCAACAGAAGGAGCUUCUGGAGAAAGAAAAUAUCAUCAAGCAGAGCAAAAUGGAGCUAGAGCACCAUCAGAUCCAUCAGUUCCAGCGUCUGGAGCAGGAGAUCACGAGGCCAGUAGAGAACGACAUCUCCAAAUGGAAACCUCCCCAAGCCCUGCAGACCUCCCACGACAGCCGCCUGCUUCUGUUCUACUCGGACCAGUGCGAGACUCACUUCAGCUCGCUGCUCAGCGCCAUCGACGCCUUCUUCAGCUGCGUCAGCUCCUCCCAGCCGCCGCGCAUCUUCGUGGCGCACAGCAAGUUCAUCAUCCUGAGCGCCCACAAGCUCGUCUUCAUCGGCGACACGCUCGCCAGGCAAAUGACCACUCAGGACAUGUGCAACAGGGUGGUGAACUCCAGCAACCAGCUGUGCGAGCUGCUCAAGGGCGUCGUUCUGGCCACCAAGGCGGCUGCCUUGAGUUACCCCAACACAGCAUCCCUGCAGAAGAUGGUGGACCGGGUAACAGAGCUCUCUCACCACGCACAGUUGUUCAAACUCUCGCUGGCCCAAAUGGCCUCCUUAUGAACCCCCAGCAGAAUCAGCAAAGCAGAAGAGCAGACACAAACUGGAGCUAUUUUUAUGGAAAUGUUAUCUUUUUUUUAGAUAUUUUUAUUAAAUAUUUUAAAUAUAUUCUUAUGCAUUAGAGAGUCUAAUCAAAUCAGGGAUCUGGGAAUAUUGUCUGGUUCUGUGUUAUGUUUCUUAUACACAUUUAGAUUUGUAUACACAGCGUAUAUGUAUAUGUUGCUACUUUCUUAAAACAUCAAUUAAGCACCUUAAAAAUUACGUGUCGGGUAAACAGUGCAUAUCUUUUGUAUAUACAGGCUGUUUCCUCAGCAUAUUUGUUAACUGGAUGCUGCACUCUUUUUGUUUCAUUCCAUCUUAAUGCUGGUGCAUGGACUUGGUUGUGAAACCUACUUGUAGCAAUCCAUGAAGCAAGUGUAAUGGUUCUCAUAGAACUCCAUUCCCUUCUUAGAAAUUACUUUCUAUAGGUUAAUUCUGUGAAGUUUAUCUCCUCUUGACGUUACUUUGUUGUGUAAAACAUUUGGUCAUUCUGACCAACGUAGAUGCACAGCUACAAUGAGCAACAUGUCAAGCAAGGCAUGCAGCAUUUGGGAGAAAAGCAUUUUUAGGCUUUUUUUUUUUGUAAGAAGCAGGACCUUCAAAGGAGGAAGGCAGAAUUGUAUAUAUUUAAUAUCUUUUGGCAUUCACAUUUCCUCUGUUUCUAAUAACUGCAACAUGGGAUUUCAAAACCGUGGAUGGAUUCCCAGCAAUGUAAUUUCAUACAUGUUUACUUUGUAUGUCCUUGCAUUGGCAAUUUAAUUUAACAGUCAGGCUUGAAAGCCUUAUUGUUUAUGGACUCACAGUUAUCCUGAGGGCAUCCCAGGUUCCAUUGGGCUCAUCUUUGAGGCUGUGGAUGAGCAAUGUUUCAAAAUACCAAUCCCUUUCAGAAGGAUUAACAUACAAAUUGUAUUUCGUAUGGAAAGAAAAGAGCUUAAUUUGAAAUAACAGGUAUUUUAGCAUCUCUAUAGCAUACACACAAUUUAGUGAAGAAAUAGCACUUAAUUUUCUAGGACAUAUUAUUGGAAAUUAAUUGCUUCUGUUGCAAUUCUGACUUCCAUUCAACUACUGGGCUUUUUUUCUGGAAUUCUGUUGCGUAGGUGGUGGUCUUCUCUGCACUACACUAUUGUCAAAAAUGAUGUCCUGUUUUAGUGGACCAUUCCAUCAGUAACCACGCACAGUCCCACCUGGUAAUUUUCAGUGUAAAAAUUGAAAAUUUUUACCUUUAAAAAUUGUUUGUAGAAUGUUAGUCUCCUUUAUAAAUUUCAUGUAUGGUGGUCACUCCAAAACACAUAUCAGCUUAUUUGUCGUCAUUGCCUUCUGUGUAUCCCCUAAAAAUAAGUCACAGAACAUCUUUUGCCUGUGGUUCCCAGCCUAAAAGCUGUGCUUCAAAGUGAGCAGUAGCUCAGGAAAAUUCCAGGUGAUUCUGGCAUUUUUAAAACAGAAACACAAACACUACUGUCCUUAUUCAUUCAAGGUAGUCCCACAUUAAUGUGUUCAGAGUGUUUGCUGGAUCGCUGGGAUCCAGUAGCAUCUGGGAAACAGGCACUUCUCACUGCUACCUGACUCCUGGCUUUCCCAUUUUGUAGCUGAACAUGUGCCUUAUUGAAAUGGGAUUUGUUGUCCUAGAACCAUUUCAGCACUGUAUGAAACCCUGAAGCCUUAAUGUAUUGUCUUAGAGCAAAGACCCCUCUUCACUACCAUAAGGUUCCAGAGCACAGAACAUUCCUGGGAGGUCAGUGGAAGCCAGCACAAUCCCAGCUGGCUCAGGAUGGGCUCCAAGGCUUGGCCUGGUGUAACAUCCUGAAAGUUGUGAUUUUGUAACCUAUAACCAGUUGCCAAAAAGCAUUCUGUGUGAACCUGUCUUGUGCUAUUGUUGUUUGGGAUUCUUUUGGAUUUCCUUGUCCAUUUUUUUCAUUCUGUAUAUUUCUGUAUAUUCUUAGGAAGUGAAAAUGUGUUUUUAUGUGUAGUGGUUAUGUUGAUAGUUUGUGCUUUCCAAAGGAGAACCUCUAUUGCAACCCUGUAUUACAGUUUGUUAUCUUGUAGAGAGUCAUUUUGAAAUUAUUAAAAUGACUAGCUUUUUUAUAUAAAAAGAGGCAGCUUGGUCUUAUUUUUCUCUUGUUUUCAGAGUCUUCUAAAAAUAUUAAAAGGAAGUAUUGCUGCUUGCU